AUGCUUAAUAAGUCACAAUUAAUAAAGCUCUACGUACACCGUUUAGUGAAAUCUUUAGUUCCUGCAGAGUUUGGCGACGAGUUUAUUCAAAGUAUAACGAAUGAUGUUAAUGUUGCCAUAAAUCAAAAUUUACAACCACAACAAUCAUACCAACAACAAGAUUUAAGCUCAAUUAUACAAGAUUUAAAAGUCCAUUUCCUAAGCAAUGGGCUUCAAACAGAAUGGAUUAAAGUUCAAGAGCUUGUCAAUUCCUUAGCCAAGUAUAAAUCUUUGGAUCAGAUUUAUAACUACCUUGUGUUUUUAGACACGUUACGCCAGAGUAGUGAAGGCAACAAGAGGCAGAACAGUUCCAGAUCAGUACGAAAUUUAAGCUCACCAUUCAGAGAAGCGGGGAGUGUUAUUGGCUCACUUAACGGUGCGGGUGCUGCUGCCACGGUGGCUGCUGGCCAAACCCCACUCGCGCAACUAAUUACACCAUAUUAUGAGACCUUGGACGAAGAGACCAUACUUACAUAUCUUCCAUAUACACUUUUAGGUCAUGAUUCCAAUUUAUUCAAGUUUUCUGGUAAUUCCAUUGAAAUCCCUCCCACUAUUAAUAACAGUUUUAGUGAUUUAUUACGAGAUAUAUUAGAAUAUGCGUUGAUAUACAAGAAUCUAAAUGAGUUUGUUGAUACUACCAAGGGGAAAUUACAAUCAGGAAUAAAGACAGCAUUUGUUAGUGUUGUUGAAGGAGAAUUAAGUGAAUAUGUUAAUGCAAUAAAUCGAAUUUUUAAUAGGGGUACAACUAGCACAACAUCAGGCAAUGUCAGUUCAAUAUUAUCUGUCUACCACAGUAUAUAUUCCUGGAUUUAUCGAUUUCGAAUCAUACACAAUUUCAAACUUAAAAUGAACCAAUGUGACGAUGGAUACGAGUUUCUUGUUUAUGUUUAUGAGUUUACUAAAUAUGGAGAUUUAAAUGUGAAGCAGUUAUCACAACGAAUAUUUAAUGAAAUGAUUAAACCAUACUAUAAUAUUGUUGAACACUGGAUAAUAAAAGGGGAAUUAAUUGAUAAUUGUCAAGAAUUUUUCAUUGACUUUGACAUUGAGCAACAGGAAUUUAACAGUAUAAUCAGGUUUAAUAAAGACAAAGUACCGAAUUUUCUAGUUGAGACUGACAAGAUAUUUCAAAUUGGUAAAACCUUGAUCUUUUUAAACAAAUAUUGUCGUGAGUUAAAGUGGAUUAAUUUGUUCAAUACUAAAUAUUCUACCAUUAUAUUUACCAAUAACCUGGGAUUAGCAAGUAUGACCGAAUCUCAACAAAUCGAGCUCAUCAAUCAACAAUAUAAUGAAUGUUUAGCUUAUUUGACGGAAAUUAUACAGGGCAAUUGUUCCAUGUUUGAACAUUUAAAGAAUUUCAAGAAAUUUUACUUUAUGGAAGAUAAUGAAUUUAUUGAUUCUUUAAUAUUGAAAGGAAGUGACUUGCUCAAUGAAUCUUCUACCAAUAUAAGUUCAACACAUUUGAGUAAUUUGUUAUAUGAAGCCAUGAAUUUGUCAAAGAUUAAUAAUAAUAGAUUAGAUGCACGAAUUUUGAGUGUUAGUCAUGAGAAGAUUGGAUGGGAAGUAUUCACGAUUGAGUAUCGAAUUAAUGACUUGCCUAUAAAUUUCUUGAUUGGUGAUCACCAUGGACAAUAUCUCAAAUUAUUCAAUUUCUUGUGGAAAUUACGUCACUUAUUGAACAUGUUAUAUGAGAAUAAUCGAAGUUAUAGUCAAUUGGCAAAGAUGAGGGUGAGGGCUGUACGUAUUAAUUCUAUUAGAAACAAAUUGAUUCAAUUUUUGAAUGGGCUAAUUGAUUACUUGUCAAAUUAUGUGAUUGAACAGCUGUUUCAACUGGGGAUAAUUGAUAAAUUGUUUAAUAAUAAAAAUAAUGAAGAAUUAUUGUUGAAUAAACAGUUUAUGAAUCAGGAGUAUACCACUCCGCCAUUCAACAUCAAUUUGUUGACAAUUGAUGAAAUAAUUACCAUGCAUGAUAAUUAUCUAAACAAUAUUAUAAAUAAUAAAAUCAUAAAUGAAGAAGUUAAGGGUAAACAAACAGGCCAUAGUUUUAUUCAUCAAAUUUAUCAAAUCUUGCAAACAAUUUAUGAUUUUAUAAAUACUUCGACUGAAUUGCAUGAAUUGAUGUAUCAGUACUCGGUUGAAAUUGAAUUGGAUGAUGAUUAUGAUGACAUUGAAGACAAGAUUAGAACCGUCAAGUUGAAGAUUUAUAAUGAGAUUUAUCACAGAUUUCAACAGUAUCGUGAUAAUUUUAUAAAUGAUUUAAAGCUGGAUUUUGAAUUGAAGGAUCUAAGUUUUACGUUUAUGUAAUAAUAAACAUUAGUUGA